GUGAAAUGAAAUUUGUAACAGCAUUCGGUAGUGUUGGUUGUCUUCAAAAGGCAUGAACCCAUUUUCUUUUAAAGAAAUGAAAGAUAUAUGCAUUGAUGAUACUAAUGAACCGAUUGUUCAGUAUAUGUAUGAGAUAAUCGAUAUAUGUACGUUGGGUGUAUGUUUUGAUAUUCAUCGAUCCAUUAAACUUGGUUAUUGGGACUUGGAGAACAUAGAUCAUGAGUCUCAAAAAGAAUUUGAAAUUGUAGAUCAAGCUGGUUUGGAUGUUUUCGGUCAGCAACCUGUCAAGAAACAGCAAGAAUGUGUUUGUCCAAACUGUUCACGAACUCUUGCUGCUAAUCGUUUUGCACCUCACCUCGAGAAAUGCAUGGGAAUGGGAAGAAACAGCAGUCGCAUCGCUAGUAAAAGGCUACAGACUAGUGGACGUAUUGAAGAUUUUGAUGCUGAUAAUGAUAUUGACUAUGAUUGGAGUUAUGAUUACGAAAGAAAAAGUCGCAGAACGAAAAAAGACAAAGAAAAGAUCACCAACUCGCCGAAACGAUCAAAACUUCGAAAAGCUGAAAGCAGUAUCGGCUUGUCUAGUCUUAUCAACAAUAGUAAUGGCGGCUCACGUCCUGGUACGCCAUGUUCAACAGCGAGUGGAGAUAUUGGAACUAGCAUUAAAGCUGGACCAACUCUCCAAGCAUUAGAAGCGCUAAGUCGAGGUAUGGUGUGGAAUCAAUUGAAAUUGAAAAUUUAUGUAAAUGAACAGUUGAGUUAUUGUAAUGGUAUUUUAACUCUUUGUUGUUGUUGUUUUUUAUUUUCAGAGGAGAAAGUCGCCCUUCUCACACAGACAUGUGGUGCAAUCUCCGAACACACUGGGAAAAUGUGUACUAGGACAGGACGAUGCGUACAACACACUGAUGAACAAAGAAAAAAUGUGAGGGUUCUUCUACUAGGGGACACUGAGGACAUUCCAUGGCCGCCCAGUAUGCGACCUGAAGGAUCUUCAUUGGACCAAGAUGAUAUACACGUUGAUGUUGACGGUUAUGAAGAUAUUGAUGGUGGAUCUCUUUUAAGAGAGCUUACACCGAUACCCUGGGAACAAGAGUCAAAUAUGUCGACAGGCUCGGAUACUAUGAGUGGUCCGCCUGUUCCACCAUCGCCAGUUAUUUCUAAGAAAAAGAAAGGUAGAAAAACAAGAUCUCGCUAAAAGUAGAUAUCCAGUAUUACCUUCCACUUUUUGUUGUCGUUUUUAAAAAAGUAGACACACGUUUCGGAUGGGGUUAAAUGACUUUUUUUGUUAAAAAGUUUAAACGUUAACAUGGUUAUAGUCUCGAUAAAUAUGUGUGGAUUGGGAAAGCGAGACAAGCUGUGUUCAAACAUUGAGGUACACUUAUGUAUAAAAAUAGAGCAGAUAGCUGCAACACAUUUGUUAGCUGAUAGUCAUGUAAAUAUAUUUUUAAACAUUUUGUAGUUUUUUACUAGCUAUAGAAUUUCAAUUUUAUUUAAAACCAAUUUAAUAUUCCCUUA